GGCGUCCUGGCGAACCGGGCCUGCCGCCUCCAGGCGCGGCUGUGGGGCGUGUGGCGCGUGCAGCAGUCCCCGGGCUGGGGACUGGGCGGCGCCCGGCGCAGGGGCUGGCCCAGGGCUUGGGUGUUGCACACACGCUUCCUGCACCUGCUCUGGGCGCAGCCUCCCCCCAACCUGCGGCCACGUCAGGGCCAGGCUCACUCCGCGGCAGCAUGUCGGCCAGGGGAGGCUCCAUGCCGCCGCCCCCCAACCCCACCGCCUACUUCCCCGCGCCCAGGAUCACGCUGCCCGUAGGCUUGGACAUCCUGCGCACCUACUCGGGAGCCUUCAUCUGCCUGGAGAUCCUGUUUGGAGCACUUGUCUGGAUUUUGGUAGCUGCUACUAGAGUUCCAGUGCCUCUGCUACAGGGAUGGGUGAUGUUUGUGUCAGUGACUGCUUGUUUUUUGUCCAUCCUCUUCCUGGGCGUAUUCCUUUUUAGUUAUACACACAGAAUUGCUGUGGACUGGAACCAGAUGGAUUUUCUUUUCCAUGCAGCUACUUUCGUCUUUUAUUUUGGAGCCUUUUUAUUGCAAGCAGCAACAACAUCUCUGCAUAAUUAUCGACUUCCAUCAAAUGUCACUACGUUGCUAAGUGAUCAAGACUAUAACAUAAGCAUAGCAGCCUCAAUUUUUGCCUUUGCAACAACUAUCUGUUAUGGUUGUAGCACAGCCCUUGCUUUAAGAAGAUGGAAACUAUAGCACUUGAAGAGGUUAAUGGUUCAGCAUUCUAGUUUAGUUUAUGUAAUUGUGUAUAAGAUCAAAUUAAAUGCCACUUGUCUUUCAAACUGUAACAGAAUUCCAAAAGGAUUUUAUGUAUAAACUCUAUUUUAAAAAUGUUAAAAAUGCAGAUAAGUUCAUAUCAGAAUUACUUUAAUUGAAAUAAUCUGUGAUUUUUUUAACUUUUAUUAUAUGCUAAUUAGAAGCAUUAUUCUACUGUCUAUAUAGUAUUAUAGAGUUUAGUGAGAAAUAGAUGCAUCAUUAGCAGACAACUGAAUUUUGGUGCUAAACAAUUAGGAGGGAGGAAGUGGAAGGUAAACAAAUGUGUUAUAUGCACAGGCAGCUAAAAGCUACAAGUUGCAAUGCGUAUGGUUAAUUAUUAUUAAAAGCCCCACUCCUGCAAUAAGCUCCAAGUAGGCAGAAUCCUUGGGUCUCUGGACAGAUUCAAGCAUCUGCCACACAGUGCUCCUUGCAGGAUGAGGGCCUACCUUGACUUUUGUGAGAUUGCCUUAAUAUUUUUUAAAGCAAAACUUAAAGAAAAACUGUUUGUUUCCUUCCAGUACAAUCUUGUGAAAUACUUUACAGCCAUUUCUGGCAGUGAUGAUUUGAUCUUUUCUAUAAUUGUGUUGUAUUCUUAGUAAAUACAAAUUGUUUAGUACUAUUGGUCUGUAGUUUCCUAUAUUCACAGAUUUAGUUCUGUCAAGUCUAUUUAUAUUGCAAAAUGUAAACAGUGCAUUUGUGUUGUGUAUAUCUGUGGUAUGUUUUGGUUUAAAACAAAGUAUUUGCACUGUUUCACCUUGUUGUGGGUACAGUUUUUACUUCAUGUGCUGCAUUUAUGUUGUUUACUGUAUGAGUCGAUAUCGUUUGAAUGGAGUAUUACAGAAUGUUGAAUUCUCUCUGAUCUGAGUUUUUGCAGUGGUUUAUUUGUUGCAUCCUAAAGCCCCAAUCUUGUAAAGGAAUCUUUACAUGGGCAGAUCCUUAUGCCACUGAAGAGCCUUGCUGAAGUCAGAGGGACACCAUUGGAGCAUAAGGAUCCACCCAGGGAGAUGCUUUUGCAGGAAUGUUGAAGUCUGAUCAAGUUUGCUUUGAAUAUCCCAGUUAUGUAAUGAAAUACAUGAGGUAUAAAUGCACCAAACUCAACUUAAUAAACGUGUUAUACUGUA